CGUCCUCCCCCCCGCGCCCCAACACACACACAUCAACAACCAAGCCUCCAAAUCCUCCGCCUCACUCCCAUGCCCUCCGCCCACCCCCACCCCCAUUCCAUGGCGCUCUCCUCCCACGCCGCCGCGGCGGUCGCCUUCCCUCAGGCCACCCGCCGCCUCCCCGCGUCCUCCGUCUCCCCCCGCCCCCCGCCGCCCUCGCGUUCAGUGCGCCUCGACCGCGCUUCGGCGCCGCUGGCGCCCCUCUCCCCCGCCAGCGCCGCGGCGCCCGACGGGCUCCUCGCUGCCGCCAUCGAGCACAUCGAGCGCGAGCCGGCAUCCGCCGAGGCGCCACUCGCGGCGCUGUCCCCGCGGGAGCUGCAGCUCGUGCUGGUCUACUUCGCGCAGGAGGGGCGUGACGCCUACUGCGCGCUCGAGGUCUUCGACUGGCUACGCCGCGCCAACCGCGUCGACGGCGAGACCAUGGAGCUCAUGGCCGCCAUCGCCUGCGGCUGGAUCGAGCGCCUCGUCGGGUCCGGCGGGGACGUGGCCGACGUCGCCGCGCUGCUAGGGGAGAUGGACUGCGUCGGGCUGCGACCGGGGUUCAGCCUCGUCGAGAAGGCCGUCGCGCUCUACUGGGACCGCGGGGAGAGGGAGCAAGCUAUCGAGUUCGUCAGGGACGUGCUCAGGAGAGGGGGGCUCGGCGCCGGCGCAGGAGGGGAGUACAGUGGCUCCGGCGACGGCGAGCGGGGAGGGCCUGUCGGCUACCUCGCCUGGAAGAUGAUGAUGGAUGGGGACUAUCGGGAUGCUGUCAAAUUGGUCAUUGAAUUUAAGGAGAGUGGGUUGAAACCCGAGGUGUAUAGUUAUCUCAUUGGGUUGACUGCCUUGGUUAAAGAGCAAAAGGAAUUCUCAAAGGCUCUGCGUAGAUUGAAUUCAUCUGUGAAGGAUGGCUCAAUUUCUGAACUGGAUGCUGAGCGCAUGCACAGUAUUGAAAAGUAUCAAUCAGAAUUGUUAAGUGAUGGUGUUCUUUUAUCAAACUGGGCAGUACAGGAAGGCAGCAGUGAAGUUCUAGGACUUGUGCACGAGAGGCUCCUCUCGUUGUAUACUUGCGCUGGUCGUGGCUUGGAAGCUGAGCACCAACUUUGGGAAAUGAAAAUUCUUGGUAGAGAACCUGAUACACAGCUCUAUGAUGUUGUAUUGGCCAUUUGUGCAUCUCAAGGGGAAGCUGCUGCUGUACGCAGAUUGCUUGCAGGAGUCGAGUCAACCAGUGCUGGAAGAAGGAAGAAGUCCAUGUCAUGGCUCCUGCGAGGCUAUGUGAAAGGCGGCUUUUAUCUAGAUGCCUCGGAAACACUCAUGCAGAUGCUCGAUAUGGGCUUAUUUCCUGAUUACCUGGAUAGAGCUGCUGUACUGACCGCACUGCGGAGAAACAUACAGGAAUCCGGCAGCCUAGAAUCAUACAUGAAACUCUGCAAGCGGCUGUCCAAGACAGAUCUGAUUGGACCUUGUAUCGUGUAUAUAUACGUACACAAAUUCAAAUUGUGGAUGAUGCACAUGCUUUGAAGGCUCCAACGAAACCUUGCAUCAUAUACCUGUUCGUAGCAUGGGUGGUCCAAAUGCUUUCAGGGCUCUGACGAACAAGACAUAGAAGCUCCGACUACGGUGAACGUUGGUACAUAAUUACGGUUCUUGUAUAUUUUUGACCAAGAAACGAGCCGCUCAUCCUAAGCAGGGGUAUUGUCGUACUUCUGAACAGAGUACAUAUGGUACAUGUGAAUUUUCAGUGUUCCUGUUACCAAAUGCAGUUGGUGUUGAAAGCCGCUAGCACGUAGCACCUAUAGCUACUGCAGGAGAUCUGCAAGAUGGAAAAGAUUGUUGAUAAAUGUACAUUUCUGUUGUGACUUCUACUUGUAAAGUUGCGCUGAUUUACAUUCGAUCUUU